GACAAGGACCUCGGCAAGGGAGCCUUCGGCAUUGUCAGACUCGGUCGGGUGCGAAUCACAGGUGCCAAGAGGGCAAUCAAAACUAUAAGCAAAGAGCAAAUGAAGGAGCAAACAGGCUCGCUCAAAAUGGAAAUUGAGAUCAUGAAGAUGCUUGACCAUCCAG